GCUACCUUACAGAUAGGUGCACGAGAUGGUUACCUUGGUGACCGGGGAUAAUUUUGAGGCCUAAUCCCGGUAAUUUCUUGAGUAACGUCACUCCCGGGGAAGCAGUUCUUGGAAUGUGAUUACAUGGUUACCGGAUCCAGGUCUACUGGAGGGAGAUGAGGCAACAUAUCAUCACAUCUAGGGUGUAAAGGCUGAACAUUGUUAAUAAUCUGAAGAUGAUACGAAUUGCAGCUUUGAACGCAGCCUCUGCUGUGGAGGGAGAGGUUGAAGAGAGCUUUAAAAGUCACAAAACACAAACAAAGGAGGCUCAGGAAGCUGAGGCAUUUGCACUUUACCACAAGGCUUUGGAUCUUCAGAAGCUUGACCGAUUUGAUGAGUCAUCCCAGGCUUAUCACCUGCUGCUGGAAACGCGUCUUCUGCAGGAGGCUGUUCCAUCUAGUGAUGAAAGGGAAGGGUUAAAGCACCCUGGUCUUAUGCUUAAAUAUUCCACUUACAAAAACCUAGCACAACUGGCAUCACAACGAGAUGAUCUGGAAACUGCCAUGGAGUUCAAUUUAGAGGCUGUUAUGUUGGACUCAACAGAUGUUAACCUUUGGUACAAAAUAGGACGUCUAGCACUGCGAUUGGUGCGCAUUCCGCUGGCUAGACAUGCAUUUGAGGAGGGGCUGCAGUGUAAUCCUGACCACUGGCCCUGCUUGGAUAAUCUGGUCACAGUUCUUUACACGCUUAGUGAUUAUACAACAUGUCUCUAUUUUAUUUGCAAGGCCCUAGAGAAGGACUGCCGGUACAGCAAAGGCCUAGUACUUAAAGAGAAGAUAUUUGAGGAGCAACCAUGCCUCAGAAAGGACUCCUUCCGCAUGUUUCUCAAAUGUGACAUGUCCAUUCAUGAAGUUGAUGUAAGUGACGAAGAAGCAAGAAACAUUGUGGAGGAAGCAUUAGAGCUUCGCAGGAAGAAACAAGCUCUGUGUGUAAAAAAGCAGGAGCCAGACCUAAAGCUUGUGCAACCUCUUCCAUUCUUCACAUGGAAAUGCCUUGGUGAAAGCCUAUUGACCAUGUAUCGUCAUCUCACUACUUGCGAGCCACCUCGCCCUAGUCUGGGAAAGAGAAUUGAUCUCACAGAUUAUAGAGAUCCAACGUCAUUUAUUCUUCCAUUGCCAUCCAUCAAAGUCAUCAAAACAACUGUGGAAUCUUCAGUAAUUUCAACCCCAACCACAUCUGUAAUAUCAGUUACAGAGUCAAUACCUGCAAUACCCCCUCUUACCCCCACUGUUACUUCUCACAGCGUACUGGAUUGCUCAGUUGUACAAGACAUUUCCACUAGUGACAAGACUAAGAAGGGCGUGAAGAGAAAGAGAAUAUCUGAGGAUGCAGGGGAGACAGCUAAGAGACGCUCUGCUCGUGUACGGAACACCAAAUGUAAGAAAGAAGAGAGAAUUGACUUCCAGGAGCUGUUACUAAAGUUCUUACCCUCAAGCUUACGCAAAUCAGACUCUGAGGAAGAUGAUGAUCCAUUUAGCUAUGAGUCACAAUCAGAGCUGAAAUCUGAAAAUUUCCAAGACACAGGGGAUUUAAUUAUGUCAUUUGAUUCAACUACCUUCAUGGAGUCAGAAAAGCAGGAUGUGCACCAGUUCUUACUUGAUAAUAUGAACAAUGGAGGUAUCCUUGAGCUAAUGAUGAGGUAUUUAAAGGUUAUUGCUCAAAAGUUCCUAGUGAAGUGGCCCUUGGGUCUAGCUGAGGUGGUACUCAAUAUAUAUGCCAGCUGGAGGAAGCACAGUAGUAGCCUGCCCAACCCACUGCUGAGGGACUGCAGCAACCAGCACAUCCGGGAUAUGAUGGUUAUGAGUCUUACUUGCAUGGAGCUACAGUUAGACCAGUGGCUUCUGACUAAAGUAAAGAGCUCUACAGUUUCUCCUGGGAAAUUCCCUGCUGGGUUAAACAUGGAGAGCUUUGGCCCUGAGUUUCCUAGCACUCAUUAUUUAGAGGAUCAACUGCUUAUGGGCUUUGCUGCUUCUCAGAGGGAUCUGUUUGCGGACAACUGGCUAAAUUAUGUAGUGCGACUGUACUGGCUGAAGGCUCGCUUCCUGGCACUACAGGGGGAUAUGGAGCAAGCUGUAGAGAACUUUGAUAUCUGUACUGAUUUGCUUCAGAGUUUAGAAGCCACACAAAGCAGCUCUGAUAAUAAAGAGCCCAUUGUUAUCCGACUGCCUAACCUACAACUGGAUUCCACUAUAUCUGUAGAGGAGAUUGAGAAUAGUCUGAAGUCAUUGGAGAGAUGUCAGUCUCUAGAGGAGAUCCAGAGACUUCAUGAUCUAGGGGAUUUCUCUGCAGUGGUGCGUCUGAUUCGUCCCACUCUGUGUCUUAAUGGAUAUAGCCGAGCUAAGCAUCUGAACUUCAUGACUUCUACACCUGAGAGGCCUGCACAACUGCUGCUCCUGCAGGACUCUUUGCUUAAGCUGGAAGAUUUCCAACAGUGCUUUGAGUGCUCCGAGGUUGCCCUGAAUGAAGCUAUCCAGCAAAUGGUAAAUUUGACGUCGGCUACAGAUAAAGAAGAAUGGGUUGUCACAGCAACACAGCUACUCGUAGGAAUUGAUCUGUCUCUAUCAUCCAGCCGCAGCAUCCCACAGGGUUCCUCUCUAACCUCACGACUGAUCCGCUUGAGCAACAACCUUAUACAGUUGAUAGACUGCAGUAUGGCUUUACAAGAGGAACCAAAAGAACCCUCUGUCUCCUCAGUGCUGCCAUGGAUCAUACUGCACAGAAUUAUCCAGCAUGAAGAGAAAACUUUCCUUUCAAUGUGCCAACAGCGUCUUCAUACUGACAGCAAAGCAGGAGAUACUUAUACACCUAUGCUGCCCUCCUCCCUCAUGCUCCUGAAUGCAGCCCAUGAAUAUUUGGGCAGGAGGUCAUGGUGCUGUAACUCAGAUGGAGCCCUUCUCAAGUUCUAUGUUCGUGUGCUACACAAAGAGUUGGCUGUGUCUACCAGUGAAGACACACACCCGUAUAAGGAAGAACUGGAGACGGCACUGGAGCAAUGUUUCUACUGCCUUUAUGGCUACCCUAGCAAGAAAACCAAAGCUCGCUAUCUGGAAGAGCAUUCAGCACAACAGGUGGAACUGCUCUGGGAGGAUGCUCUCAUCAUGUUUGAAUACUUUAAGCCCAAAACGCUACCAGAAUUUGACAGCUAUAAAACAAGUACAGUAUCUGCAGACCUUGCCAAUCUGCUGAAAAGGAUAGCAGCUAUUGCACCACGCUCUGGAAAGCCCAAGUUAAGCAUGGAAAUGGUCUCUUCCUAUAUUGAAGUCACAAGCAGCAAGGUGCCAGCUCUUCCGGAAGGUGCCGAAGAGUGUCCUGCUGUUCUGAAUGAAUUAUAUUAUCUUCUUGCUGACUAUCAUUUCAAGAACAAAGAACAGUCAAAAGCCAUUAAAUUCUACAUGCAUGAUAUCUGCAUCUGCCCCAACAGGUUUGACUCAUGGGCUGGCAUGGCAUUAGCACGAGCAAGCCGUAUCCAGGAUAAACUUAAUUUAAAUGAACUGAAAAGUGAUGGUCCUAUCUGGAAACAUUCUACCCCAGUUCUUAACUGUUUUAAGAGGGCACUGGAGAUUGACAGCUCCAAUCUGUCUCUAUGGAUUGAAUAUGGCACCAUGUCUUACACAAUGCACUCAUUUGCAUCCCGCCAGCUCAAGCUGUGGUUAAAAGAGCUGCCUCCUGAAGUAGUGGUACAGUUGAAGGAACGUCGGGACAGCAUGUUGGAAACAGCCAAACAAUGCUUCACAGCUGCUUCUCAAUGUGAGGGGGAAGGAGAUGAGGAAGAGUGGCUUAUCCAUUAUAUGCUGGGGAAGGUAGCAGAGAAGCAAAAGCUACCCCCAGAAUUGUACCUGCAGCAUUACAAGCAGGCUGGGCACUACCUGCAUGAGGAAGCUGCUCGCUAUCCCAAGAAGAUCCACUAUCACAAUCCUCCUGGUCUGGCUAUGGAGGCACUAGAGGUUUAUUUUCGUCUUCAUGCCUCAGUCUUGAAAUUAUUGGAGAGAUCAGAGCAACAGCUGGAUGCAAAAGUGCUAUUUACCUUUAUGAAGGAGGCCUCUGAAGGACCUUUUGCUAGAGGCGAGGAAAAGAAUGCACCUAAAGCCACAGAGAAAGAGAAGACCUGUACCUUGGAUGAGGACUCUCACUCUUCAGCUGGGACGAUGCCAGGCCCUGGGAAUUCCAUUCCUUUCUCCUCUGGUCCAGGUCUGACAUCUCCACCUUACACAGCCACACCGACUGACCACGAUUACAUCAAAUGUAAACCCCCCCGUCAACAGGCCACACCGGACGAUCGAAGUCAAGACAGCAUAGCAGUUGUCCUGUCAGAUUCAAGCUCCACACAGGAUACAUUCACAGAGCCUGCUAGUUCCCAGGACAGCACAAAGAGACUGUACUCCGAGAAGAGGUCCAACAGCUCCUACCCUGCUGCACAGUACAGAGAGGUCCUGGCGCCAGUCAAUGAUAAAGGAAAAUCGGAAGAACAGCAGGAGUGUCCAGAUACUCCCAGUACAGCUGAUUCCAGAGCUCCUUCAGAUGCACAAACUUCUCAUUUUUGCACCACACCUGUUAGGUUAUUGCCACCACCUCUGCAAUUAGGGGACACAAGAAAGAAAAGUGAGGCAAAUGGAGAGACAUCAGAGUACCCCCAGAGCCUACCAGAAGACAUCAAAGAGCAGCAUACAGUCCUAACUGAGCAGUGCACAGCAUCAUUCAAGCUAUGUCUAAGCCGAUUUCCCCAGCACUACAAGAGCUUGUACCGGCUAGCUUAUCUGUAUACUUACAGCCAAACUCACCAGAACCUGCAGUGGGCCCGAGACGUGUUGCUAGGCAGCAGUAUCCCGUGGCAGCAGCUGAAGCACAUGCCAGCACAGGGACUCUUCUAUGAGAGGAACAAAACAAAUUUCUUCAAUGGAAUCUGGCGGAUCCCUGUGGAUGAGAUAGAUCGCCCUGGCAGUUUUGCCUCGCAUAUGAACCGAUCCAUUGUCCUCCUCUUGGAUGUUUUGUCUCAGCUCAAGGACUCCAACACACUAUUGAAAAUCUCGUGUAUGCUACAAAGGACCCCUGAUCAGGGGAAGGAAUUCCUUUUAGACUGGACGACUCGAUUAAUAGUCCAGAAGGCGUUUGUGACACUUCUCAAGUGUCUUACAGCUUGUAAGUACGGUCUUACUUUUUUAACUGGCGUGUUAUACACAUCUGAUUGUGCACUAUGCCCACCAACUUCCAUGACUACAGACGUUUCAGGUCGGUCUACUUCCGAGGAUCGCAAGGAUGUGCCUCCAAGAAAAAGCACAACUUUGUCUGAAGGAGCUGUGUCAGGACCUGAGAAUGGGGGAAAGGAGGUGGCACCAAGUGGUCCUGCUCCUCAUGCUAUGGAUACUGGGGAACCCAAAAGUGUAAAGGAACAAUUUCAGCCUCAGUCAUCUGAGUUUAUGGACCAUGAUGGACAGUCUUGUGACCAGGAAAAAUGUGGAGACCAGCAUUACAAAGAGGCAUUCAGAGCUAUAAAGGACAAAAGCCCUGAAGGUCCUGAGUUAUCUCUAGACGAACUGAGCAUUAGCUCCAAACAGCAGCCUACUGGGAGCAGAACCGCUUCUCAUCCUCCACCCCACACAGAAGAAGCUCCACCCAGAGUCAGCCGCAAGCGCAAGCUGCUGGACGACACUGAAAGUAGCAAGAGCCUACUGUUAGAAGCCUAUCGCGUAUGGCAGCAGGGUCAAAAAGUCACAACCUAUGACCUUGGAAAGAUUGAGAAGAUCAUGUGUAAAACAUAUAUGUUGAUCAAACAGGUUGAUGAAGGAGCUGCCUUAGAGCAAGCCAUCAAGUUCUGUCAGUUACAGAUGGGAGCUGCUGCCCAGAAACAGCUCCUUCCAGAUACACCCACCACACCAAAGAAUACGAAGGACACUCGAGAGAUCACUUUCCCUCUGCCUGCAGUCUCAGUGCAACUCACUCCCCUCAACCUUUCCUCCAUUAGUCCUGAAACCCUAAUGCGUCUCUCUGAACACCAAGUAAAAUCCAGGCCAGUGUCAACCACCAGCUUUUCACAGCCAGAGACUUCCCGUGGCCAGGGGCCAAAAGCCUGUGUUGCUAUGGCACAUGUAACACGGGAGGAUGAGCAGUUGGAAGGUAACACCUUACCUUUGCGUCUUGGCCAACCAGUGAAAAUUUCAACAACUACUACCACAGCAGAGCCUUCUCGGUGGCAGCAGUCAGAAGCGGUGACCAGCACAGGACACUUUGCCAGCUCGAGCCGUACAGAAACAACUUGCAGUUCCAAGUCUUCAACAGACCUCAGUAUCCCAUCCAGCAAAGGGGAUAGUGUUCGCAACAAGACUCGUGUCCCCCCUCAUGUUCCAAAGCUCUUCAUUCCCUCUUCAAACGUUUCCAAAUUCCCUCCAGAAAUUACAGUUACACCCCCCACGCCGACCCUUCUCUCCCCUAAAGGCAGCAUUUCAGAGGAGACCAAACAAAAACUCAAGUCUGUAAUCCUGUCUUCUCAGUCUGCUGCCAAUGUGAAGAAGGAGACUCUGUGCCAACCAGCCCUUGAGAUCUUGGAUAUAUCCAGUCAGGAAUCAUCACUGGAGAGUGACACAGAUGAGGAUGAUGACUAUAUGGACAUUUAAGCACUGCACAACUUUUCUUACCAAAUGCCUCUAUGUGGGGUUCUGCCAGCCUGUGGCGACUCCAUUUGCAUGUAAUGGCCCUCGGCAUGUGGAUUGCUUAGCAGCUAACAAACUAUGGUGCCAACCACUGUGUGUGUGGUAAUGCCAUAUGCAGGGUUUCUCCUCUCUCCCAAUAGAAGCUCUCCUAGCUAUGGGGGAGAGGGCGCUGGGCCCUCGCCAGAGCUUCUGCCUCAUUCCACUGAAAGUAUUUCACAGUCAGUCCAAAAGAUGAUGUGGGCAUUCCUGAGAUGUGAUGAGCUGAUACAAUAUGAAUUUCAUUAUCGUUUGGUUGAUUUAUAUUGGUUACCAGAGAGAAAACAAUCAUUUUGAGUUAAAAUAUUGGAAGUAGCUGUGCCUGAUAAGACUGAACAGUUUUUGUUGAAUUAAGAUGACUGCAGACUGAUUGUAAGUUGGAGCACGCUGGCUUCACACAUUUCUUAAGUUACAUUUUUAUACAGAAUGUGAAGUUUGUAAAAUAAAAGUAUAAAAUUGUAAAUAAAAAAAAGAAGAGAUUGCACAUUGCUCACGAUUAUCUAAUAAAAUGGUAAUAACAAUUUGCAAACAA